CCGCCAUAAUCAUCCAAAUUCUCUCCCCCAAAAGUUCCUAACCCGUUUCCUAUUUCAUCGCCAUCAUCUUCAUACUGAAUACUGAAACAGCGAAACUACCUUCUUGUCCGUUUGUGAAUGUGUAGUUUUUUCGUUCACUCUCUCCCCACAAAACGCAUCGUUUUGACAUCAUCUCUUUCGUCAUUCAAGCCUCAUUCGUAAUUUGCUUCUUUUCAGGAUUCGGAUUCUGCUUCAUUUCACAUCAAAGAUUGUAACUUCACCGCCAAGACUGAACAUUUCUCUGGUUGGAAACUUUCUAGGGUUCUUGCCGCCAAAAGAGUCAACAUGAGAGCCAAAUUGGUUGUGUUCCCAAUACGAGGGAGAAACUGGUGCUUCAGCAGAGCCAUUGAUCAUUCUCUUAAGAAUUCAGCUACUUCUUCUUCUCAUUCUCCUCCAACGUUCAAAGAACUGUGGAAGGGCGUUAAUGUUGCUGAUAAACCCUUUAAUGCCAAAGCUGAGCUUCUUGCUGAUUACUGUGGCAACAAGAUGAAUAAAGCUUGGAUUGGUUUGGAAAAAGCACCGGAUGGGUCUAUCAAGAAGAAGAUUCAUGGGUGGGGGUCAUGGCUUUUGUCACAGGUUAAGCCCUCCGAGAUUUUCUUGAAAUCUAUAUCGAAUGAAGUCACUAGCGUCGAAGUCAUUUACCCUUCAAGUCUGAAUGCACAACUUGUUCGCCGAAGAUUAAGACAUAUUGCUAUGAGGGGAACAAUUAUCCACCGGAAAUACUUGUAUGCUACAGUUUCAUUGAUUCCAUUUUCCUCUGCACUGAUGGUUUUACCUUUGCCUAAUGUCGCAUUCUUCUGGGUUUCAUUUCGGGCUUAUUCUCAUUGGAGAGCCCUUCAGGGAAGUGAGAAGCUAUUCCAACUCGCCUCGGAUAGCAGCAAGAUGUCUAACACAUCGACUCAUAAGAAGGAAACUGAGCAUAAGGACUCAACCAAUAAAACCAAUAAUAGUUCAGAUGAACCACACUUGAAAUUGCUGCCAUCGGAAGAACUUGAUGAUCUUGUUGAACUUGAAGAUGGGAAAGACGGCCUGAGUCAACAAGCCAUCACAAAAAUUUGCAAGAUAUAUGAUUUGAACACCAUAGAUGUUCUAAAAUACAAGAAAUCUACCUUUUGAUCAUCACAAUUUUGUAAUGCAACAUGCUUUUUUUUUUCACCAAUUAAUUCAUUCACAUUUUUAGGUGUAAUUACAUGAAUUUUUUGUAAGUAGGAUUUUACAGAGAUACUAACUGGUUCAGAGUUUUGAGUACAUAUUACUCGUGAAUAACUUCG